CUCUUUUAUUAAAAAUCCUGUUAAGGAUGAACUGGGGACGGCGUUACCUUCCCACACUGUCUUCAAAAUGCCAAAACUGCCGAGGGGCAGACGAUGACCGGGGUCCGGGGUCCGACCCUAGAAGGCCAGUCACCUCGGUGGCACUCUCUCCAGAGGACACGCUGUCAUUCCCGCGCGGACCCUCUGCAGCCGCCGCCGCCGUCCGCCAGGGCUCGGGGCAGGGACCCCGCCCCAGGCCUCGGCCGAGGCCUGAAGGAAACGCGGCCCCGGCUCUGCUCCCGCCCCGCCCGGCGCGCCGCUCCAGCAGGGGCCCCUGCCCUCCUCGCUGCCUCGGGGCCGCGCUCCCCGGACUCCGCCCGCUCGCCCGCCCGGAACCCUCACCCCGCAGCGGAGCGCCCAGCCGCGCGCCCACUCACCUCCCUUACGCCGCAACUGGCACUCUGCUCACGAGGCCGCGUGGGCCGAGGGCUUGGCGCUCGGGAUUCGGCCCAGGGGGCGGAGCCUGGGCGGGGAUGGACCUGGCGUCUGGAUUCAGAGCGCGGAUUGGCUGCGGGGCCGGCCGGGAUCGCGGACUGGAUGGAACUGGGGGCGGGUUGCGGCAGGAGGCGGGGAAAGGUGCCAGGAUGAUGAAAGUAAGGGGACGGGAUGAAGGUGGAUGUUUGGAUAUGGCCUCGGGGCGCCAUUGACUAUGAGAAUGUCCGCUAUCCAGGACUGGACAGGGCUGGUGGAGGUGCUGGCCACUUAAACCGCGACUUUGAUGGCGGUAUUCUGUCGGAUUGUUAUGUUUUACUGGGGAACUCCAUGUCUAGUUCUUAACCACACUGAAGCCUUAAGGGUAAGUGUCAGAUCAGUUUCCAAUGCCAGGUGCUUCUUUUAUUUCUCUCACAUUUAACAAAUAUGAAUGCAGGACAUAGGUGCUGAGGCUACUCAGGAAAAUGAGUCAGAAAAAGUGUUAGUCUUAAACCUUACAUAGGGAGAAACAGACAACAGGUGGAUAAAUAUAUACAAUGGCUUCAGAGGGUCAUCAGUGUUAUGAAGAAGCAAUGAGGGGUGGACACAGCAGAUAGUUUAAAUGGAAUGGUCAGGAAAGGCUUUUUUUGAGGAGGUGACACUUGAACCUAGAAGUGAAUGAUGAAGAGGCUACCUUGCAAAAAGUGAUUCUAGAAAGGAAGACAUCUGUUGAAAAGGUCCCAACGUGGGAACAAACUUGGCAAGUUCAAGGAGUGAGAGAGACGCCAGUGUGUCUAAUAGUGAUUCAGGGCAAAGUGCUUCCAGCUUAGGGUGGAGAGAAAGGCAGAUGCCAGAUCAUGCAGAGCCUUGAAGACCUCAGAAAGGGGUAUGAUUUUAUUCUGAAGCAGCCACUUAAAAAUCUUAAGCAGAGGAAUAGUGUAAUCUUAAUUACAUUUUUUUAAAGAUCCUCUAGCCGCUUGGAGAAGGGACUUGUGGGUAGGCAAGUGUAGAAGCAGGAAGAUCUGUUAGGAGGUUUUUAGAGUGAGAGAUGAUGUUCCCUGAGACUAGGGUGGUGGCAGAGGAGAGAAAGAGGGCUUAGGAGGUCCACAUCCGUUAUGCCGACAGUCACUCAUUUCCUCUGUUUCAGCACUCCACCAUCAACUAUGCCUGAUUUCUCCUAAGUCAGACUCUCUGCUUGCCCUCUUCAGAGUACAAACUGCUAAUCUGUUGCUGAGGUGAGGGGCGACAAAUUGGUGGGGAUGUGCAGACCAGGGUGGUAGUCUUGGGAUGUAGUGGUUUCUUAGACAGGCCUUUAAAUGGUCCUCCGGUUUUUAGUCCUGAGCUUUUGGAGAGUUGUGUGUGGGGGACAACAUCUGGUUGCUUUUUUGGCUUUCUUCAUGCCUGUCUAGGAUUCAGCGUGUUUGAGUCUACCGUCAGCUAUUCCCUGCCCAUCUGCUUUAUAACUUCGACCAUUUAGUUACCACUGUCCUUCCCCUUGUUUUUGUUCUCGUGGGUUUAUGGCUCACAAGAAUCGCCUUACUGCUGUUUUAGUGGGGCUUGUAGAGAGAAAAUGUAAAUGUGUUUGAUUUCCCA